GAAGGAGAUCCUCACCGACGCCUCUGUCAACGGCGAUGUUAACGAGGUCGAGGAGCUACUUUCACUCCCCUUAGACCCCGAUGUGGCCGGCGUCAUCGGCCCGCCCUUGAUGCGGGCAUCGGAAUACGGCCGCAGUAGGACCGUGGCGAAACUUCUGGAGGCGGAUCCUCAGUUGGACCUGCGUGGCGGAAGAGAGGGCUGGACAGCCCUCACGCAUGCGGCUUGGCGCGAACGCGUGGAGAUCAUCAAGUUGCUACUGCAGGCUCGGGCUCAG